UGCACCAAAAACAAUGAUAAAGUUUCGGUACAAACGUAAGGAUCCGGCACCGGCGAAAAAGUGUGACGAUGGUGCCGGGGCAAACUUUGCCGACCCUCGCGCUUCUACGGGUAAAUCGCAGCAAGCGUCGACGGGUGCCGGUGAGGUUGGGGCACGCCCUGCCGGUAGCCCUAGUCUACAGCCGACCCAUUACGUGCGGUCGGGUAGUACGCAGGGGAACAGCGCGACACUGCCGAAAGAUCACCGGAGUUCCGGUGGUAUGGGCGUCGACCAUCAGCCACAGUCCGAGCGGGAUGCUAGCGAGGAGACUGCUCGAUUUGAGGGGCAUCCUUGCUGGGGAAGCUACCAACAGCAGCAGCAGCAGCAGCAGCAGCAACAGCAGGCUGUUCAGUACCAUCAGGAGUUGCUUCAGCGUGUUAAGAUGGAGAAUGAGCUGCAUCAGCUGCAGCAACAGCAGCACUACGAGUAUCUGUCCUGCAUCGAUGCGGUCGUUGAAUUGUUUUCACAACUGCAAACCAGCUCGGAACCGGCGCUAUGUCCGGAACCGCUGAGGCGUGCGCUGGCCAGCGGACCGCUCGCCGGCCGUCGGUUCCCGCUCGGCUGCCUGGGCGAUGCGGCGGAAUGCUUCGAGCUGUUGCUGCACCGCGUACACCAACAUCUGUCCCCGGUGGAUAGCGAUAGUUGCGAGGCAGCGCAAUGCGUCGCCCAUCAGCGUUUCGCAAUGCGGGUCGUCGAGCAGAGCGUGUGCGAGUGCGGUGCCAAUUCGGAGAAGCUUCCAUUUACGCAGAUGGUGCACUAUGUGUCGGCUUCGGCGCUUACAUCGCAAAACACGCUCUCGAUACAACAUCAGCAAAAUAUCACGUUCGGCCAGCUACUGCGGAACGCGGGCAAUAUGGGAGACAUCCGCGACUGUCCGAGUGCGUGUGGCGCCAAGAUCGGUAUCCGGCGGGCACUGCUGAAUCGGCCGGACGUCGUUUCGAUCGGGGUCGUGUGGGACUCGGAGCGUCCACCGGCGGAUCAGGUGCAUGCCGUGCUGAAGGCGAUCGGGACCACGCUCCGGCUGUGUGACGUGUUCCAGCAGGUUUCCGAUCACCGGUGGGCCCAAACCGUCCACCACGAGCUGGUGGGUGUUGUGUCGUACUACGGCAAGCAUUACACCACCUUCUUCUUCCACACGAAGCUGCGCGUUUGGGUGUACUUUGACGAUGCGAACGUGAAGGAGGUGGGGCCGAGCUGGGAAGGUGUGGUGGAGAAGUGUUCCCGCGGGAGGUACCAGCCGCUGCUGCUACUGUACGCCUUACCGCAGCCGCAGCAGCUGCAACAACAGCAGCAGCAACAGCAACAGCUGCAACAUCAGCAGGAGCUAACGACACUGGCCCAGCACCGUCGGGCCGUUACGCCCAGCCCGGAAAAGGCUUCCAUGGGAUCGAAUGUCCGGCGUGCCAUCACCCCUACCCCGAACCGGGCGCUUCCCAUCUGCGACUAUCAGAAUCUGACCGUUAUACAGAGCAAAAUAUUCUCCUCGGCAAAUGGUGGCCCGGGGGGCGCAGCUGCCGGCGAAGAUGCGCAGGAAAAGGAGCACUACAUUAGCCGGAAAGCGGUGCAGAAUGUGCUGAACGCCCAGUACCAAAACCUGUCCGUCAUACAGGAUAAAAUCUUUCCGUCCACACACGAUCAGCAGCAGCAGCAGCAACAACAGCAGCUACGCAUUUUAGCGAACGGUUCGAGCAAGCAGCAACAUCACCAACAACAGCAAACUUUAGGCUACAAUCGGAGUCUUGUGAACGGUGUUGAGGGUGGUGCCAGCAGCUCCGUGGGCAUGCCCAACGUGUCGCCCUCGUCCUCGAGCGGUACAGCCUCCUCGCCGGAUGGGCUCUCCAUGCCGGACCAUCUGAACCAACCGCGGCGGCGCGACUCGGGUAAUUGGAGCGGUGAUCGCAACUCCGCAUCUUCAUCCUCCUCGACGACGCUGGACAACCCGUAUCUGUAUCUGGUCGGCAAGCGGCAAGUAGGUGGAAGUGUACCGGCCAGUCCAACGCGCGGUAACAACUCCACCAACAACGGGUUAGGCACGAUGGGCGGUGGCACAAACGGUGGCCAGUUCUAUGAUGCCGGCUACGACUCGUACUCGCUCUCUUCAACCGAUUCGUUCCCCUCCAAGCAUCAGUCGAGCGGUACGGCGGGAUCCCUGCUGAUGGCGUCGUCCGGUUCGUCCUGCGGGAAUGGCACUAUGACGAAGAUACCGGAAUCCGUCGUCCUGUCCGGUGAUUGCGAGAAGCUGUGCAUGGAAGCGGACCAACUGUUGGAGAAGUCCCGCCUGCUGGAGGAUGCGCACGAUCUCGAGACAGCGCUGGUGCUGUGUCAUGCCGCCGCUAGCAAGGCCCGAGCGGCCAUGGAUGCACCAUACAGCAACCCACACACGAUGACGUUCGCACGCAUGAAGCACAACACCUGUGUGAUGCGGGCUCGCUCACUAAACCGCCGCAUCCUGAUCGAGAAGGGUGGCGAAAUGAUAAAAGAGCAGCAGCAGCAGCAGCAGCAACAACAACAACUGCAGCUGCAACAACAGGCACAGCUACACCUACACCACCAAACGAUGCAGCAGUACCACGUGCUAACGGCCGGCGGUGCCUUACAGCAUCGACGGCAGAACAGCAAGGAGAAAAUGCUGUCAGCCGGCGCUGUCGCUCACCACGCGCUGUCCGGUUCGACAACGGCAGGCACGACGGCUGGGGCAGCAGUUGGGUCUGCGUCGGCCGGCAGCGUGCUGCGCAACUCACCCUCGAAGAACAUUGAAAUUUACGCGACACUGCCGAAGAAGAAGGUUACGCUGAAGCUGAUCGAGGCGGAGCACAUCGAGCCGGAACCGGCGAUCGAUCUGAAGGCACCGACCGAACGCGAAAGCCGCAGCCUGUUUUCGCGCGUCACCAGCGAUAAGGAUGGCAAGGAGGGGAAGGAGAAGCGCAGCCGUAGCGAGGAUCGGAACAAAGCGCUCGCAUCCAGUGCGUCGUAUGCCGAUCCGGGGCUUGUCAACGCGAAGGACACACUGCGCAAGCACAAGGAGGAGAAGGAUGCGAACGAUCGGAAAGAGAAGGAGGCGAAAUCGGGCAAGAAGCAGCACAAGAUCCGCCGGAAGCUGCUGAUGGGGGGUUUAAUACGACGCAAAAAUCGCUCCAUGCCGGAUCUAACCGAGGCCAUCAAUGGGGGUUCGGGUGCGGGUGGAUCCGGUGGCGAGAACGGGAACGGUGAGUCAUCGCUGCUGGACGGUGGCGUGGGUGGUGGUGGCGUUGCAGGACCGCUCGGUACCUCGCUGGACGACAGUGCGGUCGGGCUGAGCGUAAGCGCAAAGGACAACCCGAACAGUGGCUACCUAUCGGAGGGUCACUUUGACUACCAUCCGAUCUCGAAUACGAACCCGAACCUCGAACGGAGCAAGCUGAUGCGCAAGAGCUUCCACGGCAGUGGACGUUCGCUGUCCAUCCCGAAGGUGCCACCACCACCACCGGUUAGGAUCGGGUCGGCACUCACUGCCGUCUCGGGUGCACCGUCCACGGUCCAACAGCAACAUCAGCCAGCCGGCACGUCCUACGCGGCAUCUUCCUCCUCCGCAUCGCCAUCCAUGCUGCAGAUGCAGAAGCUACCCCUGAACGGUGUCAAUCUGCGACAUCUCGAGUACGUGACGGAGGCGGCAGCGGCCGCAAACAAUGGACUGCCGGCCCAUCCACCGAGCGGCAUCAAACCGUUCCACGAGGCGAACGUGUCGAACCUUUCCACCAUGAGCUCCAACACCAGCAUGAGCGAAGACUCGUGCCAAACCAUCAUCACGACCUGCGCGGUGGUACAUCAGGAACAGUCACCGGUCAAAGCGCAAGAUCAUCUGCCACCGGCGCCAUCAUCACCGGCCACCGGCGGGAUGGAGGAAGUCGACUCUAUCGUCCGCUAUCAGCAACAUCAACAGCAGCAACAUCAGCCCCUGCUGGAAUUACCGCCCUACCCGAGUCCUCCCUCCACCACGUGCCAUUCGCGACAGGCAAGCGAGGACUUUCCGCCACCUCCACCUGCCAUUGACUUUGAGCCGUUGCACGAACAGCUGAACGAAAUACAAAGUCUGCAGGUGGCUGCUACGCAGUCCAAUGGUGGACAGGGUAUUAAGCAUCAACAGCAGCAACAGGCUCACGGUCAGACAGGCAUUCAGAACACGACGAGCAUUUUGGCACAGCUGCAGGCGAAACAGCUCCAGCAACAGAUGCAACUCCAGCAGCAACAACAACAACAACAACAACAGUAUCAACACUUGCAGGAACAGCAACAUCCACAUCCGCACGGCGUCAGCAAUACGAACAAUCCGAUCAGCACUAGCGAAAUUCUGAACGAAACCACGCGUUCGGAGAUCUGGCUGAAGGAGUUGCAGCUGAAGCAGCUCGCACUAAAGCAGCAGCAACAGUGCCGCGAAUCGGCUAGCGGUUCCGUCGCGCAACAAUAUCAGCAGCAAGGGCAGAAGAGCAGCAACCUCAUCACCGCGGCACCAGCGAACGGUGGCGAUCAACGUAGCGUGCGCGAUCUUGCGUCGCGUUUCGAGCAAAUUAAGCUCUCGGUUGGCUCUCAACUCCAGCAGCAGCAACAGCAGCUGCAUCAUCCACCAAACGUUCGCACCGGCAUGAGCGGGUUAUUGCUUGCCGAUCAGCAGCAGAAAGCCGCCCGGACCACACCACCGCCACCGCCACCGCCGCCACCUGCAGUCGACGCACUGCUGGGUGAGACAAAUGCCGGUGGUACCGACUAUGCCACCAACAGUGGCGUGGAUGUCGUGGACUGUCCGCGUGAUGUUGGCGUCGUGUACCGGAUGCAGCUGCCGAAACCACGGUACGACAUUGCGCAGAGCCAGAUACAGGAGGAGAUCCGUGAGGUGGAGAUGCUGAACCAGGUCGUACAGCAAACGCUCAAUAACGGUAGUGCCGGUGGCAUUACCCAAGCCAACAAGUCGCAACUGCUGCACUGCUCCGACGCACCGCCAGUGUCGGCCGGACGCACGAAGAAGAAGAGCGUGUCCUUCUGCGAUCAAGUCAUACUGGUAGCUACGGCAGACGAGGACGAAGAUGAUGGGUUCAUACCGAAUCCAAUUCUUGAGCGCGUGCUACGAACGGCUGGUGGUGGUACCGCUCCUACUACAACGAACAGCUGCACCGAAGGCGAUUCUUCUGCGGGCGUCCUAAUGUCUGCUGCAUCCGGUGAGGGAAGUGUGAAUGGACAGCCACAACCACCAGCCACCACACUGGCAGGGGGUAUGCAGGAACGUUUGCCGACGCUUUCCACCAGCAUAACGUACCAUCCAAUCAAGGCACCUUCUCCAACGCAACAGCUGAAACAAUCGCCAUUACCUCCGGUGUCGGCCGGUCCGGUGUAUUCUCUUGCGGCCGAUAUGCACAAGCAGAACAUGGAGAUACAGCGUCAGCUGCAGCAGCAACAGCAGCAGUAUUACGGUGUUGUCAACAAUGCACCUGAUCUGGAGAGUUACAAGCAGCAGCAACAGCAACCGCAGCAACAACAACAGUAUAGCUCCAUACCCGCAAACGCCACCAUAUUCAAGACGCAUCAGUUCAGCACAACGAUGCCGACGAAGAGCACUCCGGCACUGUACGGUGUACCGCCUAAUAUGACACUCCAGCUGCAUCAACAACAACAACACCAACAGCAGCAGCAGCAACAGCAACGGCUCUAUGGCAGCGAUACAGGUAGCGAGCUUAGCUUUGAUGGUCGAACGUCUGGGGCCUCGUCACAGCUGUCCGGUGUGUCCGCCUCACCCUACAUGACCGUGCCCCACAUGCUGGACGGAGGUCCACAGGUCGGUUAUCAAACCGUGUCCGCAUCACCCACCACCAUCACCACCAACUCGAGUCCCGCCUCCAACACGUUGCUGCGCCAGAACAUAGCCUCCUUGCUUCAGCAUCAGCAGCAAAAUAUGGGCGGGGUUCUGACGCCGUCCACGAUGCGUACACCGCCACAGAACGGUCUUGGGCUGGUUUCGAACGUGUACCAGAAACCUCCGAAGCCUCUCAACGGCUACCAGCAGCAACAGCAACAACAACAUCAAAUGCAACAGCUCACCAACACGUACAAUGGUAACGUGUCCUUACCAUACGCCCAGCAUCAGCAACAACAACCGCAACAGUCGAGCACCGUUGCGCCCUCAUCCUCUCCUUACCAACGCGUGCCGUUACCGCUCGGGUACGAAGGCAUGGCUACAUCGCUCUACCACGAUCAACCCACAAUCGGUAUGUUGAAUCAGCAGCAGCAGCAACAACAACAACAACAACAUCUUCCACACGGUGGUACUUCUCCAUCGACAACACUCCAAUCGAAACCGACCCAGAAGAAGGUGAGCUUUGAACCCGGUACGAAGGGUGGCGGUCCUGAUGCGGCCACCGGUACGCAAACACCUGCCCCGUCCACCAGCAACGCCUGCCCGCAACCACCGCCGGCCCAGCACUAUCAGCUGCAGAUGGAGGCGCAGCAUCAACAGCAGCAGCAGCAGCAAAACGUCGUCGGUUUGCCGCCGACACGCGUUGUGCCGAUUGCCACGUACAAUGGGAACGCGAUCGUCAAACCGUCCGCCAAAGCCGUCCAGUGCAAUCUCUGCCGCAAGAAGCACUGCAUCCUGCCGGCCAUCUACUGUACCGAUUGUGAGACCUAUCUUGCCCGCUUCCAGAUGCCGGUACGGCGAUAACCCUUUGCCGUGCUUGCUGGCGUUUUAACUCGCGCUCGCACUCUACAUCCUGUGGGUUGUAGGAGGCCAUCUUGUACAGUAGAGAUAUUCGCUUGUGUAGUAAGAGGAUGCUGAAGGAGGGGGAGAAGGAAAAUGCAGGCCCAACUGGUUGUGAACCAACGUGGAGGAGGAGUAGGUGUAAAACGUUAGGAGAGGUUGGCUCUCUUGACUUCACCGCAUCAUACCGUGCCUGAAUGUGAUAUAUCUAUGAGUGAAAAAAGGGGUAAAGAGAGAUAGGUAGAGACAUAGAGAGAAAGAGAGAGAG